AUGUCCUCUCCAGGCUUUUCCCCCAUUUCCGAAGACGGAGAAGUUGAAGAGGGGCCCCCUGGGGGCCCGACGGGGGCCCCCCUGGGGGGCCCCCCUGGGGGGCCCCCCGGGGGGCCCCCCGGGGGGCCCCCAGAGGGGCCCCCUGGAGGGGCCCCGCGAGGAGAUGUGGGGGAUACGCCGGCGGAGGCUUCGGUAGAGACAACGGCUAAUUUCAUUUAUCGUUUUGCUGCUGCUGUUCCACCACCGCACAUCGCAGCAGCAUCAGCAGCAGCAGCAAACCGAGCUGCAGCAGCGGCGUCGAGGGAAGCAGCAGCAGCAGCAGCAGCAGCUGCAGCAGCAGGGGGCGGCAGCGGCGUGUCUCCUGCUGCGCUGCGGGCGCGCAGCAGGUCAGCAGCAGCAGCAGCUGCAGCAGCAGCGGCAGCAGCAGCAGGAGCCCUGCCGCUUUCCAUUUGCUACAUUAUGAUUGAUAUGUAUACGCGGGCAGAACCGAAGCACAAAAUUGCAAUCUUUUAUGUCUUCCACCGAGUGCUGCAGCUCUCUGCUGCAGCUGCUGCUGCUGCUGCUUCUCCUGCUGCUGCUGCUGCCAAGGAGCUGCCUAUACACCCCGGCUCCUUCGAGGAUGUGGGCUUUUCGGUUUUCGCCCUGCCAGCUGUCCAAGAGCUUUCCGCACCGGGGUUGGAGGCGGCGCGCGCCAAGAUCUCCAGGUGUAUAUCCAUCUGGGUCGAAUUCGGAGUCUAUUCGCCAGCAGCAAUUCAAAGACUUCUCACUUUAAUUAAAACUGGACCAAACGACGCAAAUUCGAGAGGAAAGGCUUCGCUUCUGCUGCCCUGCAGCAGCAGCAGCAGCAGCAGCAGCAGCAGCACUUUGGCUCUCCACGCCACCAAACUCCUGCUCCAGACGCCCCCAGGAAGAAUUGCCUUUGGAUAUGCCCUCAAGGCCUUUUCUGACUUCUGCAAAAGUUCGAAAGAAGUGUCUGUACACCUCAGCGAGCAAGCAGCAGCAGCAGCAGCAGCAGCGGCAGCAGCAGCAGCAGCAGCGGGCAGCGGGGAAAGCGCCCCCCCCUCUCCUGCUUCCCCCUCAGCAGCGCCAGCAGCAGCAGCAGCAGCAGCAGCACCUGCUGCUGCUGCUGCAGUAAAGCGGCAGAAAACGCCCACAGGCGAAUGGCAGCAGCCCCCCGCUGCUGCUGCUGCUGCUGCUGCUGCUGCUGCUGAGGGCGAGGGGGUCGCCUCCGGGGGGCCCCCCGAGUCGCCCUCCGGCUUGGACUGCAGCAGCAUAAGUUUGUCUCUUUUGCGAUUAUUGGAUUUAAAAGAUUUAAUGGAUUUAAUUAAAGUAUUUGACAGAGCAGCAAGAGUUACAGGACAAGAGUAUUUGCUGCUGCAGUCUUGCCUCAUGGAGGUGGGCGCGCUGCUGCAGCAGCAGCAGCAGCGGCUGCUGCUGCUGCGAAACGAAAUGCUGCUCUUUGCUGCUGACGCCGCUGCUGCCUCAGACGAGCAGCCCUUUGCUGCUGCAGACCAGCAGCAGCAGCAGCAGCAACACGAAACAAUGCUGCUGCAGCAGCAGGAGCACCAGCAGCAGCAGCUCGGCACUCACCUGCUGCAGCAGCAGCUCUAG